AUGAGCCAUAAAAUCAAAAAUGACACCAACUACCUGCUAAAUGUGGAGGCUUUAACCAAAGGUCUACAUGAAAUCAGGGAUCAAUUCCAUGACUCAUCUUCACCAAAUGAUUUGCAUGAUUUAAUUGACAAAAUAGACAAUAUAACAUCUACCAUUGAUUCCAAAUUGGAAAGCUAUGUCACUUUAAACAAAAAAAAACUACAACAAGACGUAAGUAAUAUAGAUUUACUACGAGUGAGUAAACUAUCCACAACCAUCAAAAACGCGUCGAGUUUAACUCAAGUGCUUGCAAAUGCUGAUGAAUUGGGGCAUAACCUAACCUACAAGAUAAAAUCAUUAGACCAAGAAAUUGGUAACGUGAAUGACACUUUAAACUACGUCGAAAACAUUCAGCUAUUAAAGAGCAACAUCAACCAAAUUAAUUAUGCUAUCGAGGGUCAAAAUUGGGAGUUGGCUGCUCAAUGUAUACACACUGUCAACAACAACAUACCGCGAGGACUAAUACGUGGCGAGUACGCAUCAGCUGUUAUUCCAUCAACCAAUGUUCCAGAACUACCCGAGGUUUGCAUUAAUAAUUGGAUCAAACAACUAGCUGUUGUGUUUCAAAAGCAAUUCAAUGAUGCGGCAUCAAAGAGAGAUGUUGAACGCUUGACCAAAUAUUUCCAAUUGUUUCCCUUGAUUAACCAGGAAGAGGUUGGAUUGAAUUGUUAUGCAAAAUUCAUAUGUGAGGUCAUUAGUGAAUCAUCAAAAAACUUGACUCAAACGAUAAACAGUAUUACAUCAUCUGAUUUAAAGCCAGGUAUUUUUGAUACUGUGGCUAUGCAGUUAUUUGAGAAUGUUUCCAUGAUGCUUUCACAACAUGGUCCGUUGAUUAAACGAUACUAUGCAUCUACUUAUCCAAAUGCAUUAAUAUACGUUGUCAACAAGUUGCAACGUGAAGUUGAUUUACAAAUUGGAGUUGUUGCCGAUACGUUCUAUGAUGCUCGACGAUUGGAUAAGAUGUUUCAAGAUAUCAAGCUAUACAAAUUCCCCGUUUUGUCCAAACGACUUGUGGAUUUGCAUGAUCAUGUACAAGAUCAAGGUCGCAUAAGUGAAGAUUUUGAAAGCUUGGAUGAUCUUGUGCCUAUUCGAUAUGUGGGGGAUUUGAUCUUAGAAUUAUCAUUAAUUUUGCAUAGUUGGGCAUUAUACUGUAAAUUCAUUACUAUUAAAUAUUUCCAUCAUUCAGAGUCAUCCGAUUUAAGCAUGCCCCAAAUCAUUACAAAAUCCAAUUUUUCCAAAAAGAUUAAUGAAAAGCUUUUACCUGCAUUUGAAACCUUGUAUCAAUUUUAUUUUCGUCGCUCGUUGGAAAAAUCAAUCCAGAUUGAAGAGUUGCCCGGUUUGGAAUUGUACUUGAGACCCGCACCGCAAUCGAAAUCACCCGAUCACCCUCCUUGUUCAUCAGUCGUUGAGGAUUUAACUUUGAUUUUGAACAAUACCUUGAGAAAUGUAAUUCAGUCGGGAUUCCCUACAUCGGUGAAGGCUUUUGUAACAGAGAGUUUUCGAGUUAUACAACAGGAUUUAGUCAACGGGUAUUUUAUUCGAAAUCUUAACGAUAAUCAACCAAAGUAUAAUCAGUCCUUGUCGUUGUUGAGUGAGGAUGGUGACUUAGCUAGCCCUCGGGCUACAUCAAGGAGCAGUACUCCAGAGCCGCAUGGAAGUACAGCAACUGCUACCUCUUUAGCCACUAAUGCUGGAUUUUUUAAAGGUGCAUCAAGUGCAUUUGGUAGUGUUGUCAGUGGAUCAGGUGCAAUUGUCGGAAGCUUGCAAACUACAUCGUCCAAUAGUCCCAAAUUAAUGAACUUUAUCAUUUACUUGAAUUCAAUGGGAAUUGCUCAAGAAUACUUUACCAAAAUCAUAAACAAUAUCAAGUCACAAGCGCCAUCCGAUACCGGGUUUAUCGAGACUAAUUUUCCUUUUGGAAAGGACGCGGAAAAGAUUAGGACUAUAUUAAGUCAAGACUUAUUGGAUCCAUUUAUUUCCAUUAGCAAUAAGAUCUUAAACGAGAGUCUCAUUAACUUGUACAACCAAUCAAUCAGACAACGUUUAAUCACCAUGGUCAAUGACUUAGUAACAGAUACCAACGACUCCAACUACAUUUUAUACUCCACAAAUCAAGUUAAUGAUCCAUCACUACUCAUUAGAUUCAAAUCUAAUUGGUCAUCAUUAACUAAACCGUACUUGCAAACAUUGCAUCAACCAGUGUGGCAUAAACUCUUACGAUUAAUCGUGGUCAAUUUGGUCAAUUUAAUUGAACGUAAAUUACAUCUUGCUUUAAAGAAAUUCAAUAUUAAUGAAUUGGGAUCAGUUAAAUUGGAAAAAGAUAUGAGCUUUGUUAUAAAUGAAGUUUGUGAAGAUAAUUAUCAAUUAAGGGAGAAGUUUGUUAAAUUGACACAAUUGGUUUUACUUGUUGGUAUGGAUGAUGAAGAAUAUGAAGAAAGUAAACAACCAAUGAUUGAACAUGUAAAGAGUGAUGAUGAGGAAGAAGAGGAGGAAUACUCCGGAAUCAAUUGGAUCUUGACUCCGCAAGAAAGAGAACAAAUACGUAGUUAUAGAGUAUAA